CCCUGGUUUCCCCCCACUUUCUCUCUCUAAAUUCUCUCUCUAAAAUCCCCCUUUAAAACCCUAAUUCAAUUCAACUAUAAAUUCACCUCUAUUUAUUAAUAAAUUAUAAAUAUUUUAUAAAAAAAACUUUUAAUUUCACAGAAAGAAAUGACAGAAGCUAACCGUCAAGUAGCGCCAUCGCCGCCGCCUGCGGCUGUCGGAGGACCGAUUCCACAUCUGAUGAAACGUAAUUUAUCAUUAUAUCCUACGAAACCAACGUUUAUACCUUCCGAUGAUUAUCAUCGGUUUUCGGCUGGAAAUGACGGCAAGCGGACGGCCGAUCAGCAACCAGAACUGCUCGUCGUUAGAUCUCCGCCAAUGAAGAGAAAGAUUGGGAUGAGCUACAAUGAAUUUACAUCAACUGAGUUGUCCUUGUCUAGUCCUGGUCAUGCUAGUACAGUCAACAGUUCCGUUCAAACUCCUGUAUCUGGAAAAGGUGGACGUGGAAAUGGUCGGUCAAAAGCUACAAUGAAUAACAAAUCAGUUCCUCAAUCGCCUCUAUUCAAUGCAGGUUCACCUUCUCCACUUACUCCUGUUGGGAGCUGUCGGUUUGAUAACUCUCUUGCUCUUUUAACAAGAAAAUUUAUCAACCUUAUUACACAUGCUGAAGAUGGUAUUCUUGAUUUGAAUAAUGCUGCUGAUACCUUGGAGGUGCAGAAGAGGCGAAUAUAUGAUAUAACGAAUGUUCUUGAAGGCAUUGGUCUUAUUGAAAAGAAGCUAAAGAACCGAAUCCGUUGGAAAGGCCCUGAUGCUUCUAAACCUGAAGAGUUGGAGGAUGAUGCCACUCUGUUACAGGCUGAGGUUCAAAGACUUUCUAUGGAAGAGAAAAGAUUGGAUGAAAGCAUCAGAGAAAUGCAGGAAAAAAUGAGGAAUUUUAGCGAAGAUGAUCACAGCCAAAAAUGGCUUUUUGUGACUGAAGAUGACAUAAAAAGCCUACCAUGCUUUCAGAAUGAAACUCUAAUAGCAAUAAAGGCUCCGCAUGGGACAACCCUUGAAGUUCCAGAUCCUGAUGAGGCUGUUGACUAUCAACAAAGGAGAUACCGCAUAAUCCUUCGAAGCACGAUGGGUCCUAUUGAUGUAUAUCUUGUUAGUCAAUUUGAAGAGAAGUUUGAAGAUAUGGAUGGAGUAGAACAUGCACACAAUCCGAUCGUUUCAAGUUCUGGCUCCAGUGAUUAUCCAGCAACUCAGACGACCACUGUUGCAAACACUGUCAUGGAGGUUGAAGCUUACCCACAACAUGUUCAUAAUAUGAACUCUGAGCAUAAUGUACGACAAGAUUCGCCUGGGAGAAUAAUGAAGAUAGUUCCUUCUGAUACUGAUAAUAACGCAGAUGACUAUUGGCUUCUGUCAGACCGAGAAGUUCCCCUCACGGAUAUGUGGAACACAGAUAUAUGGGAUGGGGUUGAUUUACUUAGUGAGGAAUUUGGUUUAGCUGAUGUUAGCACACCGAACCCAAGCACCCCACCAUCUGAUGCGCCCUCUGCAUCACUCCAUGCUACUCAUAGGUGACAGUGGUCUCUGACAAGCCGAUGUCAAGAAGAAGCACAAAGAACUCAGCCGCUACGUGAACUACUGAUUUUAUCAUUUAUCGAGUUCAACAUUUGGGAUUGUGACAUAUGGAUGAUCCUAUUGUUAGCAAGACUCAAAAGCAAUCAUCCAGGUAUGGGACGAGAUUGUUGUACAGUACAACUAAACUGGUGUUUGAUACAUAAUUAUUGGUUAAAUAGUU